AGAGAGAGAGAAACAGGAACAGAAAGUGAAGACAUGUCAAGAUGUCUGGGUGAGGGGGACCAGAACAGAGCAGAAGCCACAUGCCAAAUCAGAAAGAACAGCCAUCUGAGCAGCUGACUGGAUUAGACAACAGAGGAGACCUGGCUUGCUACUACAGAAUUGCUUGCGGGUCUUGAUCGAGUUGACACAAGUCUGAACUGUCCUGUGCUUGAGCGCUUGCUCCUACUUGAGCUGUACUUCAGAAUAUCAACACUCCCACUGAACAGCUUGGCCAAACUGAAAGGGAAAGGGCACAAGGACAAGAGCAGAUUUGAGAAAACAAUUAAUGGAAUGUCGAUGUGCGUAAACAAACCCAGCUCAAGAGCAGAUUUUUCACAAGAUCAGAUCAUCACAUCUGGGGAUAUUUCAAAGAAAACAUUCCUACAGACAAGCUUCCUGUCACCAAAAGGGAUACUUUAAAACAAAGGGAAUCCAUGAAGUUGGCUCCCAGUGUGCUGAUUUAAGAACAAAAGUCUGAGCACAUAUCUCAGACAGGACUGUGGCUCAGGGCAGAGUCCAGAACGUGUAAAAGUUCAUCAAAAUGGUCUUACCUGACAGAUGACGGAUUGGCGGCUAUUUUGUUGAGCACUGAGAAGAAACUCUAACAUCACACAACGUUUAUACUUAAUUAGUAUCAUCAAUGUUUUGAUAUCACCAGGAGCCUCUUCAAUGUUUUUAAAAUCUCCCAUUUGUCAAGACAGCCUCAAUUAGAAGUGCCGGAGAUCUUUAACCUGAAGCCAUGGAGGAAAAAAGCGUUCAAGAUUUUUUCAACCAAAUUUGGAUCUUUGUUACGGACAAACACUCCCAGGGGGGCUACAACACAGUGUGCUUGGUUGUCCUCCUUGCACUUCCCCUGCUGGUCUUCCUUACUGCUGUGGUGGUGUGCUGCCACUGCUGUUGCUGUCGCCAUGCCAACAGCUGCUGUUGCUGCUGCUGUAGAGAUGGCACAGCAACCUCAAGGUCAGAGACAAAGAAGAAAAAAAAAAUGUCCAACAACGAAGACUUGUGGAUCUCGGUAAAGCCCAUGGCACCCGAAAAUGUCGCUCUGGCUAUGGUGUAGCAGCCAGUUCUGACUCCGAGACUGCUGAUGUUGGCGCCAGUUCAGGCGGUGGUGGAGUUAGAAAUGGAGUGAAACGUGGACUUUGCUGAACUCAAAAGGAGGCUGAAGACCGUUUUCAGACUUCUCAUCAUAGCUGGGUUGAAAUAUGCUAACAAUGUACAUAAAUUCAUGUCAGUUUGUAUUCAUACAAUGUCCUGUGCCAUGGUUUUUAUGACAAUGUUUACAAUAUUUUUGUGAGCUUUUUUAGUAUGUGGUACAUAAAAGAAGAAAUAUGGAAGCAUGCACAUGUGUGUCUAGGUGUGUUUGAGCGUGCGUGUGUGUGUGCAUACAUGUGUGUGCGUGUGUGUGCGUGUGUGUGUGUGUGUGUGUGUGUGUGUUCAGAGUUUUUGAGAGCACUUUGUUCCUAGAGGUCCCAUGUGAAAUUCAUUGCGUCUGUAUUUGGGAGAGGGAGCCAGUUUGAGGUCUGCCCAGUGUUCAAAUAGCUGUGUUACUGGCUAGUUUUCACAUUCAGGCUGCAGACUAGACAACGAUAGUCUUUCAUUUUCUGAAGCAAAAGCUACUGACAUCUGAAAAGCUAAACUUACUGCCUGCAGAGAAAACUGAAGUUUCUUCAGACAUAUUAUACCUAUUUUGCUUGACAAGAUGGAAUUUUGUUAACAGCAUACUGAUCUCACUUACUUGAGAUGAGCUCGGUAUGCUGAGAUAAGCAUUGAAGGCUUGACAUAGACACAGUGUAUACAUUGUUUAGUUUUUACUGGCCCCGAUUUAUUCCUGAAAGAGGUAUAAGAUUAGCAGUAUUAUUAUUCUUUUUAACAUUCCUAAAAUAUUAAACAUGUUUUUGGGUUCAACACAUGGCAGCUUAAGAAAACGACCCUGCUGUAACUUAGGAACACGUCUUUACCAGUUUGACAAUACCAUGUGCUGCACAACAUUCUAGAGCAGAUGAUGAAGCUGAAAAGAAGAAUACAAAUCACAGAGAUACAUUGCGAUGUAGGGAAAACCUGACCAAGCAAGCACUUGGCCAAAACAUUCAAAUGCCAUUAAGUGCAUAAAACACUCAGCACACGUACUAUUCAAGCUGCUUUCACACAAAGAGACGAAAGUAAAUCUUUUUUCAGACACGCUUGAUUAUUGUGUUGUUAGUUGGAUCAACACCAAUAUUGCUGUGAGGUAUCCUUUACUAAUGCGAUCAGAUCAGCAAAAGAAUAAAAAGCGCAUUUGAGGCAGAGUAAGUGAAAAAGAUAUACCAAGGCUACAUUUAAACUGAGCUUUUAUUGAUUUAACCCUGAUCGCGUUGAUAUGUGUGAUCGUCUCAGUCGAGAUAAAAAAGUAUUUCCUGCAUGGAUGCAGCAAAGAGAAAAGUGAGCAUUUGGAUUUGGAUUUAUUUUUGCAGAAAAUCACAUAAAAACAACACAUUAUGCCUGCCUUCACUGGUUUAUCUUUGGACUACAGAAAACAUAUGAUUUCAAAUGGACUUUGAUUGGACUAUAUUUUGUCUUUGUUUGCAAGUAUUAUCAUUUCAGGUAUCUUGUCUCCUAAUUUCAAUUAAGUCAAAUUACGCACAAGUCAAAUUUAGCAUUAAAAGCUAAAAUUGAUUUUCAAAAAAGUAUGAACUCUUAAAAAAACAUUUCGUAAUAAGAAAAAACUAUUUGGUAAAAUAAACAUCUUUGCUUGGCUCCUCUUGCAAAUACGAUACAGAGCAUGUGUUGCAUUGUACUGUUCUGGACAUCCUGUGCAUUUUGAUUGUGGUUUUCUAUUGUUUCAGUCUGUAUUUCUAAAUAUAAUUCAAAUUUCAGGUGUAAUUCUGAGAAGAUAUCUACAUAUGUAAUGUUAGUGAAAAUAGUAACUUGAGAAAUUUAAAUUAAAUUCUAU